AUGGCAGCCGAAGCAGGAGAGCUCAAGCUGCCUUUCAUCCACGAUGACCAGCUCACCCGGUGCAUGCGUCUGAGAGCCCAGAGCCUGCAGCAGAAAAACGCCAGGCCCCAGGAUGGUGAGAAGCUGCUGCAUCCCAACGAGCAUGUCUACAGGGUGGAUUUCAUCCGGCAGCACAACCUGCGCUUCCUGCGCUGGGACAUCCAACUGGAGAGAUCUGGGAAGGUGAUGGUGACCGGCACCUCCCAGCACUGGACUCCUGAUCUCACCCACCUGAUGAACCGGCAGCUGCUGGAACCAGUGGGCAUCUUCUGGAAGAAACCAGGGGCCAAGGAGGUGGAGUGCAAUGAGGCAGAUGCCCAAGAAUUUGGGGAGCGGCUCGUGGAGUUAGCCAAGAUCCGCAAGGUGAUGUAUUUCCUCCUUGCUUUCACCGAUGGCCUUGAACCUGCUCAGCUGACGGGUUCCAUCGUUUUUAAGGCCUGAUUUCCUCCUGCU